AUGAUCACCAGCGUGCGAUCCCCUGCCUUCCAACCGUUCCACGAUACGCGGGCGCUGCCCAGCCCCGAAAUUGAGCUCGCCAGCGAGUACGCCGUCUCGGACCGCCUGCUCACCGUUUGCCUGACCAUCUUCAUCUUCCGCGGCCAGCCCGAUACGUACUACAACCGACACGUCCUACUCUAUUUCUCGUCCCCGGACGACCCGGCCCUGCACGAGACGGUCCACGCGCAGCGCCAGGACGAGGACGCGCCCUGGAACGUCUACCGCUUGCACGGCAAGACGGACUGGUCGGAGCCGGCCAACUACCACGCCCACGUCAACGCCGGCGCCGUCCUGGUCCGCGGCGAUGCCCUCAUGGCGCCUGUAGCGGUCGUCUCGGCGACGCCGGUCGCCGGUCGGCACAAGGACGGCGGCUGGAACUGCCAGAAUUUUCUGCUCGAGGGUCUGCAGGCGCUUGUGCACCAAGGCAUGCAGACGCAAGACUGGUAUGACGCGGUCGAGGAAGAGCUCCUCGACAAGGUCAUCGAAGAAGCCGUUGGUUGA